AUCUUAGAAUACCAACUAAUAACAUGCAGGCCCAGAAGCUUGUAGUGUUCAACAACAAACACUCAAAAGAUUUCUCUUGCCUUUUCUGUUUGUUAACUUCCAAAGCAGCUUAUUAGUUAGAGGACAGCCUUCUCUGACAUCAUCACACAGGUGACCCUGGCUGCAGACCAAAAUGUUCCCAUCAGCCUGAGAAGUCUAUGAAAGUACACACUAAGUCAUCCCAGUUUCAGAAAAAAAAAGAACAAUAAUGAAACUGCUGAAAGUAGGUUGGAAGACGGAUUGCAGACCGCGUAUAUGACAUAGCUAGAAAAUUUUCCCUUGCUUUGGAUGUUGGUUGUGGAAGAGGUUACAUAGCACAGCAUUUGAAUAAGGAAACUGUUGGAAAGUUCUUCCAAGUAGACAUUGCAGAAAAUGCGUUGAAAAAUACCUUAGAAAUGGAAAUCCCUACUGUCAGUGUUUUAGCUGAUGAAGAGUUCCUUCCCUUCAGAGAAAAUACAUUUGACCUGGUAGUUAGCAGCUUAAGUUUACACUGGGUGAAUGACCUUCCUAGAGCACUUGAACAGAUUCAUUAUGUUUUAAAACCAGAUGGAGUGUUUAUUGGUGCAAUGUUUGGAGGCGACACACUCUAUGAACUUCGGUGUUCGUUACAGUUAGCAGAAACAGAAAGGGAAGGAGGAUUUUCUCCACAUGUUUCUCCUUUCACUGCUGUCAAUGACCUAGGACAUCUGCUUGGGAGAGCUGGCUUUAAUACACUGACUGUGGAUACUGAUGAAAUUCAAGUUAACUAUCCUGGGAUGUUUGAAUUGAUGGAAGAUUUACAAGGUAUGGGUGAGAGUAACUGUGCUUGGAAUAGAAAAGCCCUGCUGCACCGAGACACGAUGCUGGCGGCUGCAGCGGUGUAUGGAGAAAUGUACGGAAAUGAGGAUGGUUCAGUACCUGCCACGUAUCAAAUCUAUUACAUGAUAGGAUGGAAAUACCAUGAUUCACAGGCCCAGCCAGCUGAAAGAGGUUCAGCAACUGUGUCAUUUGGAGAACUGGGAAAAAUAAAUAAUCUUAUGUCACAGGAGAAAAAAUCACAAUAAAUAUUUUAUCCAGUGUUAA